GGCGUGAGGGGCGACGUCAACGUAAUGAAGUGAUUCCUGGUGCUGAUAAUGGUCAGUCCUUUAUUUUUAGGUAUCAUUUACAACUGGGAGUCAUGAAGGCUGGGGCCUCGUCCAUGUGGGCUUCAUGUUGUGGUCUGCUGAAUGAAGUGAUGGGUACGGGAGUAGUGCGCGGCCAGCAGCCAGGGUUUGGUGCAGGAGCCGGUCCCUUCAGAUUUGCCCCCAAUGCUGGGUAUUCAACCUACCCCCCGCCUUCAUCAGGAAACACUAGUCUCGUCUGCAAAGCCUGCGGAGUAGACUUUUCUGUGUUCAGGAAAAAGCAUGUUUGCUGUGAUUGCAAGAAGAACUUUUGCUCUCUCUGCUCAGCCCUGCAAGAAAACCUUCGGAGAUGUUACACGUGUAAUGUGCUGAAAGAAACCACAUUCCAGAGGCCACAGCUAAUGAGACUGAAAGUAAGAGACCUGCGGCAGUAUCUAAUGCUGAGGAAUGUAUCGACAGAGACGUGUCGCGAGAAAGAGGACUUGGUGGACCUUGUGUUGUUCCAUCAUGGAGCCGAUGCAGAAGACAACUUGGACACAAGUAGUAUACGUUCAUCCAGGUCUGUGCUCGCCACGCCGCAUUCUAUAUUGCAGUCGGCUCCGUCCCAGUCCUCGCUGUCUGCCUCUCCAGGAGAUCUGCUCAGUCGGAGGGGAAGCUCAGGAACAGCAAAUCAGGAACAUGGCGAUGGAGCAUCUCUGUUGAAUCUGGAGUCAAAUGAAAAUGUAGAACCGCAGGCUACUCUGCUGUCUAGAAAGCGGGCAAGGGCCUCUCUCUCAGACAUAUCCACCAUGGAGGACAUCGAAGGACUGAACGUCCGGCAGCUCAAAGAGAUCCUUGCUCGAUAUUUCGUGAACUAUUCAGGGUGCUGUGAAAAGUGGGAGCUGGUGGAGCGAGUCAACAGACUGUACAGAGAGACUGAAGAAAACCGGAAGUCGUUGGAAAAUGUGGAGAACGGUAAAACUGCAGUGGUGAUGUCACACCCUCAGCCUAUCUGCAGUGGUGGAAAUGGAGACGGUGAGAAGAUGCACUCAAGCAGCGAUGACAACCUGUGCAGGAUCUGUAUGGAUGCUGCGAUUGACUGUGUACUCCUGGAGUGUGGCCACAUGGUCACCUGUACCAAAUGUGGAAAGAGAAUGAGUGAAUGCCCCAUCUGUCGCCAGUAUGUAGUGCGGGCAGUGCACGUUUUCAAGUCGUGACAUUGGAGAGGGGAGGCGGGAGGCUAAACAUAUUUAGGUUGCUGACAUUCACGUCAUCUCUCAUUUUUGUGAUGUUAUUAAAGGUCUACCCGCUAUUUAAUUCAUCCCUAUUUGGUGCCCUCUCAAGAGCUGGCCAAAUGGAUUUGUGUGACGAGUGGAUGAUUUGAGAACUGGGAAGUAGCGAAUGCCUACAGUCUAUAUCAGAAGCUUCAACGGAUUUGUGUUUUGAUACCCUCUUCAGUUAAGUGAAUGCGAUGUUUUAUAAUGCAAGUCCCUGUUCUACACACUUCUAUUUUCUUUUCUUUGUCCCUUUAGAAUAAUCCGGCUUCAAUGAAAAUUACAGAAAGUAUCGUUCUGACUUCAUGGAGUCGGUCAGUGCAGUCAUUUUUAAUUUUACUGUUCAGUUCCUUGUCGACGACAUUGUGGUUUUUAAAGUUUGACACACAUGACAAUUUAAUUAAAUUCAGUUGCUGUGACAACACUGAGGAAUUUUUAAAAAUGCUAUUUUAUUAUACAGUAUAUCUGUAUAUUUUAAUUGAGGUAAUUAAAUACCCUGUAAUCGUAGCACCGUGAAGGCCUGACUUCAGCUUCAGGGAAUACUUCAGCUACAAUUUGAGAAAUGGCUCUGCUAAUAUAUAUAUAUAAUUUUUUUUUUUUUUUUUUCUAAAGGAUUGCAUUUCAUGACUAUUUGGGUCUGUGCAUUGCGAGCGAUUUGAGGGUUUGGAAAUCUGUGGUAAUGUACACUUGAGUGUUGGUCUGUCUUAAAUUCCACUUGCUUAGAGAGAGGUUAUUCUGAAUACUUUUACCAUGUAUAUGUAGUGACAUUUUUAAUAACGAUCAUGCGUUUGAAAGUGCAGUAUGUUGAGUGAUCCCUUCACCUGAACAUACUGGGGAACAAGUUAGCUUUAUAUGAAUACCAUGUGGCCAUAUAGUAUAUCUCAAUUCUACCAACAAAGCCAGUAUCCAUCCUUUAUUGAUUUUUCUGCUUUGGAUCUCUAGACACAGCAUAUGGUUCCUCAAAUGGGCUUUUAAUCCGAAGCAACACAGGGACUGUGAUCGUGUCCGAAGCAACACAGGGAUUUCCAAAUUCAUAUUCUUUUAGAAAUGGUGCAGAAACAAAAUAAGGACAGAUUUAACUUUCAUAUCGCUAACCUAAAAUGUAUAUAUCUUUGUUUUGAAUGUUUAAUAUCAAAUUUUUAAAUAUCAUUGUAAGAAAUUGUAAAACUGUGUGUAAAAUGAUUGAAAUAUUAAGCUUGUUUGGCGACAGAUGAUUGAAUCUAUAAAACAGAAGAUGGUAGAAUGCUUGUUUCCUGCUACCUGUCCUUUUCAUAAGCACUGUCAGGAAUUAUCCUUAGAGAUAUACAUUCUGGUGAGCUGUGGGUGUUUGUCCCUAAAUGAUUUCUUACUUGCAGCCUUCAGUUGAUGUAGUGUAACACUUAGAAUUGAAAACACCACUGAGUACUCUUCAAUUCUAAGUAAAACAUGCUUCUGUAUCUCCUUGAGGAUACAUGAAAUAAAAACACCAGUGAACCUUCACCAGGACGUCCUGCAGCAAUAUAAGACCAAAACGGGUAAUGAUGCAGGCUGUAUGUAAGAGACACUGGAAAAGAUUCUUAAGAAAGCAGCUGUUUAAAUUAGGUAUGGUCUUGUAUUUUGGAAUGUUGGAACUUUUUUUUAUUUUGGUUAAUUAAAUAAUUACAAAUUCACUGAAUAAAAAAUACAGUACCUUCACCACUUGUUUUGUUGAAACAAUGAUUGCAACUCUAUUGUCACGUACUGGCCACAGAACUCUGAGGUUACCAACAAGGGUUUGGGAAGCACUCCUCUCGAUAGAUAGUGUCGUGGUGGUUCCAAAUCGUAUAUUUGGGUAGAAUGUAACAUUUUAAUCAGCAAGGCUCUUAUACUAUCAAAAUCAGUUUGGAAUCAAGCAAACCCUAAAAAGGCGAUAAUCUUGUAAAGAGAUGGGGAGCAAAGACUUAAAUCUAGUGAUCGAUUUAAUAAUUCCACAACUGAAUUUCUGUACCACGGAUAUUGAUGACUCAAACAAGCGUUCACUGCAGAGAAUUUCUUUACUAUGACUUAAAAUCCCAGUAGCCUAGGAGAACAUAUUGUGUUAAGUUUUGUUCAUACAUUCUGCUGUGCCACUCCUGAAUGUGUGCUUGGUGGGACCCACGACCUUCACACUAGUGAUUGUGCUGCAUCUUUGCAGCAUUUCAAAUAAACAUGGACAGCUACAGCCAAAAGUAUUGCAUCACCCUAGGAUUGAAACAUUAAUAAAAAUUUUAAAAAAGAACUUAACUUUGAUCUUUAUUAAUCAUGUAAAAUCAGCGUCUACCGGAAGCCAAACUUAGUACGUUAAAUUUUAAAAUGACUUUUUUUUUAAUGAAAAACUACAAAGUGGUAUGUAGUUAAAUAUGGUAAUGUUAUUCAGCAGGUUUCAUGACUAUGAAGCAAAAUUUGACUCCGAUGCAAAAUUAGAUGCAAUGCUAUAGGUUAAUUCAACACUUUUGUGUGCAGCUUUCUGAUGCCAUUAAAACUCUUAAAGUUAAACUCCUGGAUAUACUCACUUGACAGUACAUCACACACAACCAUUCUGGAAAUGUCUAUUUCAGCAACUCCUACCAGUUAAAUAUUCUGAAAUUGCUGGAUUGAGGAAUUUGUCCAAUAACAGAACCACUCAACAUACCAGUUUUAAAGUGUUUAAAAUUUAUAAAUGAUUUAAAAAAAAAUAAAAAUAAAAAAACCUACAGCACUUAAAAUUCAAAACAAUUAAAUUGCUGUCUGUCAAUGGUACUAAACUAACAGAUAUUCAUGUUCGCCUGCAAGGCAUGGAACAGUGGCACGUUAAGACUUCUUGGGGCCAAAACACUGAACAUUGUACUGGUUAAAAACCUUAACCCGCAUUUGAUGGAUUAGAGAAGGUGCAGUUAACAGCAACACUAUAUAUACUAUUUAUUGAUUACAUAGGUUUUGUUUUUUGUACUACACACUGAUAUUGUACAUAUACUGUACUAGAGAUCGUGAAUUGCAUGUGGUUUUGUAAUGGCCUUGGAAGCGCUGGGUCUGCUGCAGAAAGAGCACAUCCUGCUCUCUGUUAAACAGUCACAGUGGGAGUGUUUAAGAUGACAGAUUGUAAGUUACUUGUUUAUGUCCCACUCCCCAACAACAGGUAUUAUCGCUAUCAAAACAUCCCAUCUUUCCCAUUAUAAAUAUGAUAAACCUUGGAAAAAAAUAGCUAUAUUUAUUCAAGUCAAACAGUGCAAAUUGUGUCCUAUACACUACCCCGCCCCCGUACUGUAUAAAGACAUUGAAAUAUACAUUAUAGUGGAUGCAUAUGAAAAGGGAUACGUACCUAUUAACUUUUAACUAACAUGUUUUGUAUCUGAAUACCAAAGUCUGUUAUAACACCACAGUAUAUAUUAAUAUAUUAACACUUCUUGAUUUGGACAAGUUAUAAUAAUAGGCAUAUUCUGAAGUAUAGGUUAAGUUAAAAUGCAGAGUGAAAAUGGGCAAUUAAAAUCUGUACACCAGAUUGCAUUCAAUAAUGGCCAAAAGUUUUGCAUCGCCCUAGAAUUUUAGGAGUGAGACAAAAAUAAAGAAAAAAAUUACAUUUAGA